AUCCCAAUUCGCUAUAGUACGUUCCAACAACAACGCUGCAGAAUAAAAUGCUAAUUUUUUUUAUAAAGUGAUUAGACGACCAAAGCGUCAUUAUUAAUUAUAACAAAAGACACUAGAAAUUAAUAAAAUAUAGAACAUCUAAUUGUGCAUUUCAAUAGAAUCGAAUACGGUGAAAAAGUUCGACACCCCUCCUUCCCCAAUUAAAUUACUAACAACGUAGAAUAAAACAUGGGUAAAAAUCAUCAACCAGACAACUGGGAUGAUGGUUCAUCGGAUUCGGGUGAGGAGAAGACCAGUCCAACAGCUGCCACACGUUCCUGCCACCAUUUGAAAAGAGCCGUUGAUUCGGCCAAGUUACGCAAACUGCUAAAAGGUACCGGUCUAUUAUUGGAUUGUAGAGAAUGUCAAAAAAUGGAUGUCGCUUCGCCGGCCACCGAAGCUAUGGAAUCACCAGCAAUGGACAUUGAAUAUGAUAAUACUUUGUGGUUGUGUUUGAAAUGUGGUUCUCAGCUUUGUGGUCGUUCCAAGAAUCAGCAUGCUUUGCAACAUUUUAAGACACCCCGUUCAGAUUCGCAUGCUCUGGCAAUGAAUACACGUUCCUUUGAUAUCUGGUGUUAUGACUGUGACAACGAUGUGAAACCAGAUUCGAGCAAAAAUCUUCUUGAUUGUGUGGAAUUUGUAAAGGGUUUGGCUCAAAAACCACCCGUGGAAAAUACGAUUAUAGGAGCCUUUGAAUGUUUACGCCCCUUGUUAUCGAUGGAUGACAAUGGGACACUAUUUAAGCCCUCCAAGACAACAGCACCGUCGCCUCCUAUACCGGGAAUUGCCAAACGCACCAACAAUGAACCAUUGAUCACCUAUAAUAAUUUCAAUAAUUUAGCACCCAUCAUAAAAACGGGCGAUACAUCGAGUGGUGUAACUAAUACAACACUUGGGACGCGAAUACCAACCUCACCAUUGAAUGAGCCCCUGCCCAGGGUACGUGGUCUAACCAAUUUGGGUAAUACGUGUUUUUUCAAUGCUGUCAUGCAGUGUUUGGCUCAAACGCCCUAUUUAUUGGAUGUCUUAAGGGAAUCUGCUGAGCCGGGAGAAGAAUUUACACUUCCCGGUGGUACAUUCGAUACCAAGGAUGAUGAAGUUCUAAAACUACCGCCCAUCAAAGGUACUUUAUCUGCAUGGGGUGGUCUGACAUCGGCCUUGGCCAAUACUCUGGAAGAGCUACAAUGGGGCGGUGGCGUCUUUAAUCCCAGCAAACUUUUUGCAAAACUUUGCGCCAAAUGCCCACAAUUUGAGGGCGGUGACCAACAUGAUUCUCAUGAGCUGCUGAGACACUUAUUGGAAAGCGUAAGAUCCGAAGACCUAAAACGUUAUCAACGUGUCAUUCUCCACAAUCUCGGCUAUAAGGAUCAAGACAUCAAAUCCGUUUCGGAGGAUAUGAAAAGAAAAUGUAAAAUCUAUGGUAAUCAAGCUGCCGAUCGCAUUCUUAUGCCGGAACAAGUAUUCCGUGGCUUCUUAGUUUCCACCUUGACAUGCCAAGAUUGUUACAAUGUCAGUUCAAGGCACGAGUACUUCUUGGAUAUGUCAUUGCCUGUAAGCGUUGAAAAAUCCCAACCUCCAGCUAUGCGACGUAAAACAUCUCCCGACAAUGCCAAUUCAUUUUAUUUACAUCCAGCACCAACCGCAUCACCAGCUGGUCCAACAAAAUCUCAGCUCAAAAAGGAGGCGAAAAAAGAACGCAUAGCUAAACGUCAUGCCAAGCAUCAGAAUACCAAACAAAUGCAAAAACUCAGUUCACUUGAGGGUGCAAAUAGCGCAACUGCUGGCGGUGAUGGAGACAAUGCCAAUGUGGCAUUAGAUACAGCACCCGUUAUUGGUUGUGCCACAAGGGAAGAAGCUGCCGACAAAACUACUGCAUGGUCGGCGGCAUCAUCAUCUUCGGCUGAACAAUCCGAUGCUGAUGUCGAAGAUAAUCUUUUAGAUGACAAUGACAAGUGUCCAACAACAAAACCUUUAAAUACCUCAGCAAGUGUGAAAGCGGCAAACAGCAUUGAUCGCAAUGGCAAUAAUCAGCUUACAAGCCCCGUUGAAAAACGAGGAGAUUCACCGGAAAAUAUGGACAAGGAUUCGCUGGAUGAAGACGAAAAUGAUUCCGGUAUUGCCACAAGUCCUGCUAAUGCUGGCGGUGCCAGUUUCCCUGCCUCUUCAGCAUCAAACUCUGAAACCAAUGGCGAUACGACUGCAGUGGAAACCAAAACCACAAAUAGUGUCUUCUCAAUGGGGCUCAAUGAAAAGGGAGCAAACCUACUCAAACAAUUAAACAGUGAAAUUAAUACAGAUGCCACCACAGCAACAACGCUUACCAAUGGUGAAAUUAAGGCAAAUGAAAAUAACGAUAAUCCUGCUAUGCAAUCCGUAAUUGACAAGCUCGAUCGCUUACAAGUUGAGAAUGAAGAACAACAGCAAAAGAAGGCAGCGCGAGCCAAAGCGAAACGUGCACGUACCCAGAGUUACUCUGAUUGGAGUACGACAAUAGCACCACGUUAUCAAUGCGAAGAUGGAGAGUGUUCGGUGCAAUCAUGUCUUAACAGUUUCACCGCCGUGGAAUUGAUGACAGGCAAUAACAAAGUGGGCUGUGAGGCCUGUACAAAACGUAUUAAUGGUGAUGAACCCAAGGCGAAGACCGUCAAUACCAAUGCCACUAAACAGUUCCUGAUCUCUAGUCCGCCGGCUGUACUAAUCUUACAUUUGAAACGUUUCCAAUUGGGACAACGCUGUGUGUUCCGUAAAUUAACGGGUCACGUUAGCUUCCCCAUGAUACUGGAUAUUGCCCCCUUCUGCGGUUCCAAAGUCAAGAAUCUUCCCAAUAUUGAUCGCAAACAAAAGAAAUUGUUGUAUGCCCUAUAUGGUGUUGUGGAGCAUUCAGGUGGCAUGUAUGGUGGCCAUUACACAGCCUAUGUCAAGGUGAGACCCAAACUCAGCAAAGAAGACAAACGUUGGAAAUUUAUUCCGCAAGGCAGUAAAGCAGAGUUGGAUCAAGACGACGAACAACGUAAAAAACUAGAUGAGCUUUUGGCGCGAGAGAAGGCACGUGACUUACGCAUGAAAGCAGCCAACGAUAGCGAUGACUUUUCCAAUUCAUGCAGCAGCAGUUUAGAUUCAUGUACUUCGUCAUCUUCCGAGCCCGAGGAAUCGCCUACAUCACCUGGCGGUCAUAACGAUGAGCCUGAGGGUGCUGUUGGUGGCAUUGAUGAGGCCAUUAACGUCCAGGUGCCAAUGGGUAAAUGGUAUUAUGUUUCCGAUUCUCGUGUCACAGAUGCCAGCGAAAGUGAAGUUUUGAAAGCCCAAGCAUAUUUGCUAUUCUACGAACGUAUUUAUUAAAUUGCAGGCAAAAGAAAAAACAAAACAAAGCUACAUUAAAGACAUAUUCCGUUUCAUGGAUUUAAAACAACAUAUUUAGCAAGUUUACCUUUUGCCGUUUUUAAUGGGUGCCGCGCCUUUGAUUUUGGGGAGACUUCAUUAUUUAUUUUUUAUAGGUUAUAAAGGACGUUUUUAUAUGCAUACAACAAGAAAAUCCAAUUACGCAGAAAAUUACGAUGACUCUUAUUGAAACAAAACAACAACAAAAAAAUCACUAAGUGAUUGAUGUGCGAUCACUUUUUAUUCCCCCCAUUACUCUUAAAUAGACUUUGAGAAGAAAAAUAAAAUUAUAUACAAUGUAAUAAUAUUUAUUAUUUAAACAAACAAAAAAAUACGAUGUUAAAUCAAAUAUGCUUUUAUUGUUUAUUAAUGAUGAUAUUUAAUCCUUCUUCCAGCAACAAACAAGCAAGCAAACAAAAGAAGCAUUGUAGUAGCAAUUUUUUCUUAUUUAAAGAUUGCAUUUCGUUCUCGUUUAUUUCGAGAUUAGGGCGUUUAUCAAUUCAUUUGCUUGUGUUUUGUUUGUUAUUUACUUAGUUGUAUUAAUUUAUAUAUUUCUUUAAAGAUUUAAUUUGGUUUUUAGCUAGAACUUAUUUUUACUUUUGUUGAAUUUGUUUGAGGAAAUUAAAUAAAUAGAAUUUGUAAAACUAUUAAGCCACUGCUACCCCUUACUCCUCUUCCUAUCUGUCCUUUUAUUUCGAUUUCUAUUCAGCAGCCACAUUGAUGAAAUAAGACCGGGUCUAUUUAUGACAUAAAUGUGUUUAUUACAUAUUAUCAAUUUACACCUCUACAAAAUGAAAACGAUUUUCAGAUUAAUUGAAUUUAAUUAAUUAUGUAAUACGAAUUACUAUUAUAUUGUUUAAUUGUUUACCAGCUAAGAUAAUUAUGGCUUAUUAUUGUAAUUAUUAUCAGUUCUUAAAAUUUCAAGAUAAAAGUAAAAUAAAAAAAAAACA